AUGUGGAUGUCCACGGUUCAUUUUUACAGUUUGUCACGCUCUACAAUAGUCGGACUUAAAGACGGGUUCAGCUUUCUUUGGGACUCGCACGAGGACUCUCUGGAGCUUCUUGAUACCAAUAACCAGAUCUACUAUGGAAGGGUGAAGAAGGUUCGAUCUACACCUGGACAAAAUUGUCUCCAUUUCUUCCGGUUUGCAAAUUGUUGGUUUGCCUUAUACCGUGACCCGCAAGAUGCUCGCAACGACCCACUGUCGAGAAACCGAGAAAACAUUAUCAUAUACCAUUUCUCAUGGAGCAAAUAUGCGUUUCAUGACUUGAUGGUACAUAUUCAGAAGGUCAAUGUUGAUUCUCGCCGUGGGAAAAUACCGAUCAUGAUUGGAUACCAAAACAAGCAGAUGGUUGAGUGGCGGAGGAUGUGCGACGGACGUCAACGACAGCUGGAAAGUGUGGCAUUAGACAAAAAAAUGAGAGAAGAGAUCAUAUCUGAUAUCAAGUGGUUCUAUGAAAAGGAUACCAUCGACUUAUAUGAGAGGCGUGGCAUCGCUCAUCGGCGUGGCUAUCUCUUCUACGGCGCCCCGGGUACUGGCAAAACUAGCUUUUGCCACGUGAUUGCCACGUUGUUUGAACUCUUUCGCACGCUUCCCGAGUCCCCCGAACGCUGUCUGGUGCUUUUGGACGAUUUCGAUGCGGCAGGAAUCACGAGACAGGGCAGUGUGGUCAAUAACGGCAGUGUGGAGAAGGGUCAGGGACGGGUGACUAUGGCUACCCUCCUGGGAGUUCUAGACGGAAUUGGGACUCACGAAUACUUACUUGUGGCCACUACAAACGUUAAGCCCGAUCUGGAUCCUGCUCUGAACCGCCCUGGGCGGAUCGAUAAGGAAUACGAAUUCGAAAACCCCGACCACUCAACUUUAGAAGAAUACUUUAAUUAUUUCUUUGACUGUCGGAAAACAGGUACUGACGGACUCGCUGCUAAGUUUGCGAGACACGUCUCCGAGGGAAUGGUGACGCCUGCUACCAUUCAAGAGUACUUUUUGAAGUGCAACGAUUCUGUCACGGCAUUGGCGAAAGUAGAGCAGCUGGUGAGCUAG